AUGCAUCGCUAUACCUUUCCCCAUGCGCCUAUUGCUAGCCCAGGGGCGACAGUCGGUGGAAUUGGCCAAUACCGGUUUAUAGUCCUGACAGAUGGGCUACUUCGGUUUGAAUGGGCCGAGGAUUGCCAGUUUGAAAAUCGUGCAUCCGUACUGGCAAUCAACCGUCACCUACCAGUCCCAGAGUUCCGGGUCAAGGACGACGAGGAUAGUCUUCAGAUCAUUACAUCGCGAUUCCACCUCACAUAUGACAAACAGCCAUUCUCCCCAAGCGGCCUGAGUGCAAUCGUCAAAGGCCACUACAAGCCUCAUGGCAGUGUCUGGCGCUAUGGAACCCAGGUUACGAAUCUGGGCGGCACGGCCCGCACGCUGGACAAGGUCGAUGGCCGCAUGGAACUGGAACAAGGUAUCUUGUCCCGAGAAGGCUUUGCCGCCUUGGAUGACUCCAAGUCCAUGCUAUUUGAUAACAGGCAAUGGGUGGCCACACGAAGGCCUGGAAAUCGUGUGGAUGGCUAUCUAUUUGCUUAUGGACAUGAUUACCGACAGGCCGUGCAGGCCUUUUAUCUUCUAUCUGGGCCUCAGCCAUUGGUGCCCCGAUGGGCACUAGGAAAUUGGUGGAGUCGAUACUACGCCUACAGUGCAGAUGAAUAUCUUUCUCUGAUGGACCAGUUUCGCGAGAAGGACAUUCCGCUAUCGGUAGCGGUACUCGAUGUCGAUUGGCAUAUCAUUGAUGAUGAACGUGUCAAGCGUGCUGGGGUGACUGGCUGGACUGGGUAUACCUGGAAUAAAAAGCUGUUCCCCGACCCAAAGGGCUUCCUGGCAGAGCUCCAUCGGCGGAAUCUACGCACUUCUCUGAACGAUCAUCCUGCAGACGGAGUCCAGAGCUAUGAAGAUCAAUAUGAAGAGAUGGCAAACGCACUGAACCAUGAUACCUCAAUGGGAGACGCAAUACCUUUCGACAUCACAAAUCAAUCAUUUUUAGACGCCUUCUUUGAUGUAUUACAUCGUCAUUUCGAAAAAGAAGGAACGGAUCUGUGGUGGGUGGAUUGGCAACAGGGGACAUAUUCGCGGAUUCCAGGCAUCGAUCCGCUGUGGGUUCUAAAUCACUACCAAUUCUUGGAUAGUUCCUUGGACAACAAACGACCUCUCACAUUCUCUCGAUAUGCUGGUCCAGGCAGCCAUAGAUACCCCAUUGGGUUCUCUGGUGAUACCGUUGUCUCUUGGGAUUCCCUCCAUUUCCAGCCGGAGUUCACAGCCACAGCAUCAAACAUCGGCUACGGCUGGUGGAGUCAUGAUAUUGGCGGUCAUUUCCUCGGCGAAAGAAACGAGGAGAUGCUCGUUCGUUGGGUGCAGUAUGGUGUUUUCUCUCCAAUUUUACGUUUGCACUCGACAAACAACCUCUUUAGCGUCAAGGAACCAUGGAAUCUCGAACCUCCAUUUGAUCAGAUCAUGACGGAUUAUCUUCGACUUCGUCACCGACUCGUUCCAUAUCUGUACACAAUGAACAUUCGUGCUGCUGUGGAGGGACUGCCACUUGUCCAGCCCAUGUACUGGGGCUAUCCGGAGGCAAAUGACGCCUACAAUGUCCCUAAUCAGUACUUGUUUGGCUCUCAGCUCAUUGUGGCACCCAUCACGACUCCGCAGGAUCCUAGAUCCCGGAGAUCUCAGGUACUCGCAUGGCUUCCUCCUGGACGACACGUGGAUAUCUUCACCGGCGUGGUGUACGAUGGAGACCGUCGACUUUGGAUAAACAGACAUUUAACCAAAAUCCCAGUAUUCGCACCAGAGGGGGCAAUCAUCCCCCUUGAUGCUACACGCCAGCUUGAGAAUGGUUGCGAGGAACCUGCAGUGUUUGAGCUCCUACUAGUCGUUGGUGCUGAUGGCGCCUUUGAACUCGUUGAAGAUGAUGGAAAAGGCCAGUCGCCAGAUCAAAUCAACUUCCGUCGCACUUCCAUCUCCUUUAAUCAAACAAAUGGCACGUUGCAAAUUGGACCGACAAUUGGAUCUUCUCUCUCUCCGCGUACUCGGGAAUGGACCUUGCGUCUCCUUGGAUACUCGUCCACUGGGGAGGUCCCAGUCUCCGUUGGCGAUGAACAAUACACUGUGGAGGGAGAGGAAGUUGACAAUGGCCUUUUGUUGAAACUUGGAUCUCAUCUAGACAAUGUGUCCAUCAUAGUCAAGUUGGAAAACAAUCCUACUUUGAAUGUGCAUCAGCCGGCACCUCGGAUUGUGGAGUUCUUGCGUGGUGCUCAGAUUGGAAUGGAUUUGAAGAACAGGAUCAAGGUUAUUGUGGAGAGCUCCAAGCCUAGACUCGUGCAACUCGGUGAGCUGAAUACGCUUGGAUUAGAUGCUGCUUUGUUGAGUCCAGUUCUUGAAUUCCUCCUGGCUGAUUCCCGCGUGCUGUGA